AUGACCGUUCCAAAAUUGAGGUCAAGCUUUGAGACAGAAGCUGAAGCUUUGAAAUGGGCAUUAGAAACCAUGGUGAAGCUGAGCUACACAAGAUUUAUCUUUGAAACUGAUUCGCUGAUUCUCACCAAAAUGGUUGGGGAGUAUGAAAUUAGGUUUUAUCCAAGAAGAGUUAUUCUGAAUUUCCUCGAGUGCCUUUGGUAA